UGCAAUUUUCAUCGUGUCCAGUUCUUAACAGCAAGGUCACUCUUUCAGAAUGUCUUACAACACCAAACACUGGGCUUGGGUCAAGAAGCUCUUUUCAGUGAAUCCUAAGAGCACUGACGGUAUGCCCGCUGUUGGUGUAUUCAGAACACCUGCAACAGGCUCAAGACCCGAGAAAUACGUUUAUCCCAAGUCUGAUGCCUCCAAGCUUUCCGGCAACUACUAUUUCCAGCGCGAUACUAGACGAAACUUCCCCCGCUUAGCUGUAUAUACCCAGCAAGAUGUUGCUGGUCUUUUGGCCGGUGCUGGCGUUGAGCCAAGUCUUCCUGCUGCUGGAGCCGACAGCCAACCCGUCACCCCAGCUACUGUCACCGAGACCAAGUCCCUCACCGAGGUUCUUGGCUCCACCAGCUUGUACAGCCAAGGCAAGUUACCUCCUACUCCUAACUGGAAUGCCACCAAGAAGUGGGAAGUUUCUACCGAUUUUAAGGGUCCUGAUGAUGGAAGCUACUUCCCUAUGCGUGCUUUUGUUUAGAUAUAUUAAAAGAAAAAAUUCCAAUACACCAUACAUUUUGAGCUUGUAGUAACAACAGGAGGAUGUCGUGUGAUGUCGUGUGAUGAUUUCGACUAUGAAGGCAAUGGAGGGAAUUAUUGACCCAGAAAUGGUGCCAAUCAAGCACAAUGUACUGUAUGGAUUAAAUCAUUAUUUGGCUGGCG